AUGAAUCUUGCAUAUGCUGGUGAAACCUUGAGUGUCAUAUUUGACUGGGACUAUGUUCUGUGGGAAGUUCGUUUGAAGUUAGUAGCAGCUGGAUUUUUCAUCUACCUGGGUGUAUUUCUUCUAGCUCACUGGCUGGCCUCAUGGAUCAGUGCCAGUUAUCGCACUUUGUCAGGAAAGGACAAAGUCUUCUCGAAUAUAGCUAUCACUCGUGGCCUGCUUGGGAUUCAGAGUUGUGUAGCUGGGUUGUGGGCCUUGCUCAUAGAUCCAGUUUUUCAAGCUGACAAAGUGUAUUCACAACAAAAGUGGAGUUGGUUUCAUUGCUUAAUAGCCUCUGGCUUCAUCUUGUUUGAAAAUGUAGUUGUUCAUGUGUCUAAUAUUGUUUUCAGGACAUGUGAUGUGUUCUUGGUAGUUCAUCAUUUAUUUGCCUUUGGUGGGCUUCUUGGUCUGAUAAUUAACAUAAAGUCUGGACACUAUCUACCCGUGAUGGGAUUGCUACUUGAGAUGAGCACCCCUUCAAUCUGCAUGUACUGGCUUCUUCAAAGGACUGGCUAUGCUAAUACCCUUUUAUGGAAGGCAAACCAAUGGGUACUGAUCCAUAUGCAACACUGCCGCAUGGUCCUUAUUUAUCACAUGUGGUGGGUGUGUAUUUCCAAUUGGAAUGAUGUAGUGGAAAAUCUGGGACUUCCACAUUUUAUCGUCUUUUUCAUGGGGUUAAGUACACUUACAUUAAUACUUAAUCCAUACUGGAUUUACAGAUCGACCCAGCGGCUCUUUGGUCCAGUUGACUGGAAUUUUUCAUUUUUCACUGCUGUUUUUGGAUCCUCUGGAAAAUUAAAUAGUGAAACAUUUGAAAAGAAGAGGAUAUAG